AUGACACACCGCCGUGCUUUCUGGGAGUGGGCCCUACACGCUCCUCUUGUCACUGCAGCGGCCAUGCCUCAGCGUCGUAAGCUGAAGAUGCGCGCCGUCCAAGCUCGCUGGGCCUUCACAAGCAUUUGCAUAGAGACAUGGGGCUUUUAUGCCUUCCUCGAGAUGUUAGAGAAGCGCCCUGAGAUGUAUUGGCUCGGGGGACAGCCCGGCAGAGCCACACGCCAUGGCCGCCCCUACAACGGACCCAUUGCCGAGGACCUAGCGACCCUGAAGCAGAAGGACAAGGAACGCUACGGCGCCACGCUCGAGAACGCGCUGGACCCGUCGAAUAUCGACACUUACGGGUACCCCAGCAUGCGCUCUUUGUUUGAGUCUACGGACGCGCUGAAUCCGGAUGCAGACGAGAAGAGCCGGCUCUCCCUUGCUGCCUUAGCGCGAGUUCGCCGCGACACCAUGUCAAGCACGAAACCAAACGUGACUUGGGCUGGUGAGAAGAACGAGGAACCGUGGCAGGCGCUCGUAAACAACCACGCCGUCAAGCUGGCUCAAGAUGACAUUAUGGCCCAGAUCACGGCGGGAACUUACGAAGUCCCAACUGUCCGUCCACCGUCCGGUGCGGAACGUCGUCGCGACGAGUGGUCCGAUUCGAAGAUGAAGGCGAGGACGAAGAGAAGGAAGCUGCGGCCGAUGACGCUUCUGGUAACGACGACGAGGAGUCCGAAGCCGAUGACGACGAAGACGAGCAGGAAGAGGAGGAAUUCGUCGAGCACGAGGACGGCGACGAGGAAAGCGAUAAGGACGAAGAUGAGGACGACCCGAAGAAGGCCGCCAAGUAGCACGUCUUUGCGAUGUAGCCGUUCGUAG